AUGUCUGAUAUCGGUAACAACGCUUGUGUAUCUGAGGGCUGUGGACAACCAGCAAAAUUACAAUGCCCUACAUGUCUCAAACUCAAGAUUGAGGGUUCAUUCUUCUGCUCUCAAGAAUGCUUCAAGAAGAAUUGGGCAUGUCAACCUCACAAUCCUUUCCCAAACUAUACCUAUACCGGUCCUCUCAAGGCAGUUUACCCUCUUACUCCUAAGAGUGUUGUACCAGAGUCAAUUGCUCGUCCCGACUAUGCUGAUACAGGAAUUCCUGUCUCUGAACAAAGUGUUCGCUCCAGCGCAACCAUCAAAGUUUUGAAUGCCGAGGAAAUUGAAAGCAUGCGUAAAGUCUGCAAGAUUGGUCGUGAAGUAUUGGACAUUGGUGCUGCUGCAAUUCGCCCUGGAGUCACCACCGAAGAAAUCGAUCGUAUUGUUCACGAAGCAACCAUUGCUCGUGGUGCCUAUCCUUCUCCAUUGAACUACUACAACUUUCCCAAGUCAUUGUGCACAUCUGUCAACGAGGUCAUUUGCCAUGGUAUUCCUGACAAGCGUCCUUUGAAGGAUGGUGAUAUUAUCAACUUGGAUAUCUCUUGUUACUACGGUGGAUUCCACAGUGAUCUUAAUGAGACUUAUCUUGUUGGAAAUGUGGAUGAGCAAGGAAAGAAGUUGGUACAGACUGCUCGUGAAUGUUUGCAAAAGGCCAUUGACAUUGUCAAGCCUGGUAUUAAAUACCGUGAUUUCGGCAAGGUUAUUGAAGAACACGCCAAGAAGAAUGGAUUCUCUGUUGUUCGCACCUUUUGUGGUCAUGGAAUCAAUCAGCUCUUCCAUUGCGCACCUAAUGUUCCUCAUUAUGCAAACAACAAGGCUAUUGGAACCAUCAAGGCUGGCCAUGUAUUUACCAUUGAACCAAUGAUUUGUGAAGGCACCUGGAGAGAUGAAAUCUGGCCUGACAACUGGACUGCUGUCACCAAGGACGGCAAGCGUUCUGCUCAGUUUGAACAUACCUUACUUGUUACUGAAGAUGGUGUCGAAAUCUUGACAUAG